AUGACGGAAGAUAUUGAACAUAAAAAGAUUUCUACAGAGGUGACGCCACAAGAACCUAAACGUAUUCAAGAAGAAGAAGAUCAGGAUGUUGAUAUGACUGGUGACGAAGAACAGGAAGAGGAACCAGAUAGAGAAAAAAUCAAACUCCUCACACAGGCCACAUCUGAAGAUGGUACUAGCGCUUCUUUUCAAAUCGUAGAAGAGGAUCACACACUAGGUAAUGCCCUACGUUACAUUAUAAUGAAAAAUCCAGACGUAGAAUUCUGUGGUUACUCAAUACCUCAUCCUUCUGAAAACCUCUUGAAUAUUAGAAUUCAAACCUACGGCGAAUCAACUGCUGUGGAUGCUCUUCAAAAGGGACUAAAGGACUUGAUGGAUUUAUGUGAUGUUGUGGAAUCCAAAUUUACUGAAAAGAUCAAAAACAUGUAG